UCAGUCUUCGGUGUUUGUUUGCUCUGUUCGCAGAGCUCAUAUUGCGUUGCAGAGGAGCAUUUGUAAGAAUGGCAAGCCUCGUGGCGGCUUUGCUUGUGAUAUUGAUGCUGCAUGGCCUCGAGCCGGCAAUGAGUCAACCGUAUCCGAAUUACCAUGCGGAUUUCGUGGAUAUAGAUCAAGCUAAGAAUGAACCGAAAUGGUGGCAAACUGGGGCCUUUUAUCAAAUUUAUCCAAGGUCAUUUAAGGACAGCAAUGGUGAUGGCAUCGGCGACUUGAACGGUAUCGCGGAUAGACUGCCCUAUCUCAAAGAACUGGGAAUCACAGCAACUUGGCUAUCGCCCAUAUUCACCUCGCCCAUGGCCGAUUUCGGUUACGACAUUGCCAACUUCACCGAUAUUGCUCCAAUCUUUGGCAGCAUGUCUGAUUUUGAGAAUCUUCUUAAAAUUGCCAAGCAAUUGAAUAUAAAGAUCAUAUUGGAUUUCGUACCCAAUCAUUCGAGUGAUGAAUGUGAGUGGUUCAAACGCUCAGCGGCCCGAGAUCCGGAGUACAAGGACUUUUACGUGUGGCAUCCGGGCAAGAUGGUGAACGGAGUGCAUCAGCCGCCCAGCAAUUGGGUGAGCGUAUUUCAUGGCUCCGCCUGGCAAUGGCACGAAGGUCGAAAGGAAUAUUAUCUUCAUCAGUUCGUGAAGAAGCAGCCUGACCUCAACUAUCGUAAUCCCAAAGUGCGCGAGGCCAUGAAGAAUGUGCUACGCUUUUGGCUGGCCAAGGGCGUCGCCGGCUUUCGCAUUGAUGCAGUACCGCAUGUCUUUGAGAUAGCGCCAGAUGCAGCGGGUCAGUAUCGCGAUGAACCGCGCAACAAUGGGAACAAUGAUCCCGAUGACUACGGCUAUCUGCAGCACAUCUACACUGUGGAUCAGCCAGAGACAAUAAAUCUUGUCUACGAGUGGCGUGCGGUGCUCGAUGAAUUCAAAGAUGGCGAUGAACGCAUCUUGCUGGCCGAGACAUAUUCGCCCAUCGACAUUGUAAUGCAGUACUACGGCAAUGCCACCGCCGAGGGAGCUCAACUGCCCUUCAACUUUCGACUGAUAAGCGAUAUAUCAAACAACUCCAAUGCCGAGUCAUAUGAAUGGACUAUCCUCCAAUGGCUGCAACAUAUGCCAAAGGGACGCACAGCCAACUGGGUGCUGGGCAAUCAUGAUCAACCGCGUGUGGGCUCUCGCCUUGGUACGGAUCGCAUCGAUAUGCUGAAUAUGCUGACUACAACAUUACCUGGAGCCAGUGUCACAUACCAGGGCGAGGAGCUGGGCAUGACAAAUGUGUGGAUCUCGUGGAAGGACACCGUUGAUCCCUCUGCCUGCAAUACGAAUCCAAACGUUUAUGAGCAAUACUCUCGUGAUCCAGAGCGCACACCGUUCCAAUGGAGUGACGACAUUGAUGCUGGUUUUAGCAAUUCCAGCAAGACUUGGCUGCCCAUUGGACCGAGCUACAAACUCAUAAAUUUGGAGAAGGAACGUAAAGAACCACUCAGCCAUUUCAACAUAUUUAAGCAACUUAUGCAGCUUCGCAAAGAGACUAAAACAUUGCAGGUUGGCGAGACCGAGGUGAAGGCUGUCAACCGAAAUGUCCUGGGAGUCAAACGAUUCCGGCAACACGACUUUACCUACGUGACACUGCUGAACAUCUUCGAUGGCACUGAAACUGUCAAUCUAAAGGAUAGUUUCGCUGAUUUAACGACUGAUAUGGAAGUGGUGCUGGUCACGGAUAAGUCCCAACGCAAAGCGGGUGAUUUUAUAAAAUCGGAAAAUUUACAAUUGCUGCCCAAAGAGUCGCUGAUUCUGCGAAGCACUUCCACCUACUACACAUACUACUCGAAUGGAGAACAUCGUCAAUUGCCGAUCGAGGGCGUUUAUCUGCUGGUUGCUCAAGUGGUGCUCUAUCUGAGUUAUCGUCGUGUUCUCACACUCAACAGCGUUUGUUAGUCAUUAUUAGUUGCAUACAUCAAAUACAAUAUAUACAAACAUAUACUAUGUAAUACAUACUAAAAGUAUCAUAUCAAUAAACACAAUCAAAAACA